AUGAGAAGAAGCAUAAGUCCCUCUAUAAAAAAAGAAAUAACUUCAUGCAAUAAUCAAAAUAAUAACAAAAGGUGUCUGAUUAUUUCUUUAAAUAAUGAAUUUCAGUUUGUAUUAGGAGGAUAUUCAAUACAAACAGGAAAUUUAAAAGAUGAUAUAGAAAAUUUAAAAGUUUUACUAAAUGAUAAAUUAUGUUUUAUUUUGUACAAUAUUAAUGAAUACACACCAAAAUAUAAAUGGGUUUUAUUACUGUGGCAUCCCGAAAAAGAUGUUAUAGCAGACUUAAAAAACAAAGAAGAUAAAUUAAAGAAAAAAAAUUGCUAUAUAAAAGUUUUUGAAAAAGAAAAAAAAUACAAUUUAAUAUGUAAUUUAAAUAAAUUAAUUUAUCACAAUUUAAAAAAUAAUAUUUUAGAUAUUAUUGAUGAUUGUGAUAUACCUUUAUUUGAAAUAAGAAACUUUAUUGAAUUAGAAGACUGUGUUAAUAAUAAUAUUAAAACUAUUAAUAAUAAUUCUAUAGAAUUAAAAAAAGGUCAAUUAAAUAAAUGGGAUUUUCACCAUUCAUACAUAAAAAGUUAUUUAUAUGGAUUUUACUUUUUGAAUAUAGAACUUAGAUACUGUAAUACUUUUAAAGAAACGGAUGAGUUAAUAAAUAAUAUAAAAUUACUCACAGAAGAAAAUAACAUGAGUUUGAAUUUAUUUACAAUAGAUAUAAAUAAUUAUACGAUAAAUACAGAUCACAUAAAAAUAAAUAGCAUAGAAGUAGUGAAAGAAAUUACACAAAAAGAUAUAUUUUAUGUUGUUUAUAAAAUUUUUGAAACUUAUACCUUUUUCUUUUUUUGCGAUGAAAAUUGUCCUAACAAAAUAAAAUUUUUAUACUCUUUUUUUAAACCUCAGUUAAUAGAAUUUUUAAAAAAAAAAAACAUAAAUAUAUUUUUAAGUGUUGAAAUAAAUAAAGUUAAAUAUUUAAUUGAUUUUAUAAAUUCUGAUUUAAAAAAAAAAUUAGACUCACUAGAAAAUAUAUUAUUAAAAAAAAAGAAAACCAUCAUUACUCAACAAAAUAAUAAUGAAGAUAUAACUUCUAGUGAUGAAUCAAAUAUACUAAAAAAUGAAAUUUUAGAUAAAAAAAGUGACGCAAAUAAAAGCAAAUUAUUAAAAAUAAUGUAUUCUAGCUCAAAAGGAAGUAUGCUAACAUUUAAAAGAAGUAAUACUAUGAAUUCUUUAAAGGAUAAGAAUUCACUAGAAAAAAAAAAAUUACCUACAGAUAAAAAGGAUAUUACAAAAUUUAAUAUAAAAAAAUCAUUUAGUUUAAAAAAAAAAAAAAUUAUUUCAACAGAUAAAAUUAAAUCAAUUUCACUCGAAAAAAAAAAACUAUUAAAAAUAUUUAAUUUUAAAAUGUCUACAGAAAAAAAAGAACCUCUAAAUUUGAAAAAAAAAAAAAUAUCAAUAUCAGAAAAAAAAAAAUCAAGUGCUAAAAUAGAAAAAACAAAAACAUUAAAAGUGUAUCAAAAUAAUAAAAUUCCAAAGUUUGUGAUGAGCAGAUCUUUAACAUUUAAUAAAAUAGCAUCACUAUCAUUUGAAAUGAAGAAAUCGUUUGCUUUGAAUAAAUACACAUCGCUUAACUUAGAUAAAAUAAGAGGAAGUAACAAUUUAUUUACAAAGACGAUUUCUCUUAAAAAUUUAAAAAAAAUAACAAUUCCAAAAAAAUUAGUAAAAGAUGAGAGGAGCGAUAAAAAUAAGGAAAAAAAUAAACAAACGGAAAAUAAUAGAAGUGAAGAUAAAGAUAAACAAAAUGAAAAAAAUAAUAAAAAGGAAAAAAAAAAGAAAAAAUAUAUUUCUAAUAAAUAA